GCCCCUUCGAUAUGCAUACCUCCGAAGGCACAUCGCGGAAUAGCCCCUCAUCUGAUCAAUCUGAUUACGCCGCCACCCAUCUGAUUGGCCACAAUCUCCAGGGGUCAUUGUCGUCAUCGAAGGUUCAUGCUCCGCGAGCUACCGCGGCAGCUCCGCACGCAUUACCAAGCCAACCGGCCCCAUAAACCUCAACACCCGCAAUUACUUCUCGUUGGCCUUUUGAACCACUCCUCGAGUCUGGAAGAACCACUAUUAGAGACACUAUGGCAUCCGCGACCGGAAUACCUGAGGAUUAUAAUGCUGCGAGGGGCGCGGGCGAGGAGGAGCCACUACUUGGACAGAGAGGUGAUGCGAGUCAAAUGGAAGGACAGCCGCUUUUUAUGAAUCUUUGGCUGGGCACAGCACCGCUGGCCCAGGCAGGUAUUUGGAUUCUUGCAGCAAUAGUAUGGGGAGCUAUAUUCUCUCAUGACAUGAUAUUCUUCUCUGCGCAUCCGCUCCUCAACUCCGCGGGCCUCCUCCUUGUAACCCAAGCAGCCCUCAUCCUCCAACCCACCCACACCCCCGCCCAAAAGCGUGCCGGCACCCUCUUCCACUCUCUCUUCCACCUCUUCGGCAUCUCCUCCCUCCUCACGGGCCUCAUAAUCAUCGAGAUCAACAAGCGCGGCCCGGGCCACGAGCACUUCGAGUCCCCGCACGCUAUCCUCGGCCUCAUCUUCUACAUCUGCAUCUUCCUGCAAGCUUUCGUUGGCUUCACCCAAUACUACACGCCAGGCAUCUACGGCGGCAUUGACAAUGCGAAGAAGAUCUGGAAAUACCACAGAAUGACCGGCUAUGUGAUUGCUACGAUUGGGCUGGCCACCGUUUGUGCGGCGACUUGGACCACGUAUAAUGUGUAUGUGUUGCACAUGCAGCAUUGGGCAGUUAUUGUGGCUGCUGUGUUCGUGCUGUUGGGCGUGGUGCCGAGGAUUAAGCUGUCAAAGUUUGGGUUCAAGAAAGAUUACCAGGGACGGGAGAGGCUGGGGUCGUAGCACCUCCAGCGUGGACGGUGAUCGAUGAGCAGCGGAAAAAGAACCUUGCAUUCACGAACGCGCGAUGAGUUAGCGGGUAAUGAAGUGGCAUUUUUCCUUGGGAUUACUGCAUUUAAGACUUCCGUGCCAGGAACAUAGGGUCUGGCGUAGCAUUGUGGGCGCUCUUUUACUUCCUUCCUGCCUUUUCCACGGUUUUCUUAUUUCUCUCCGGGAAUGGAGUAUUGGACAUCCUUGCAUUUUAGUACCAUUAAUUCUCCAAUUUACGAGCCAGUGGUGUGUUGUCCCAAUAUGGAAACCCUACACGUGGAUUUCCCGAAUUUUCCCCCUUGGUACAUCCCCUCCAUUCCUUGGGCCAACCAACCAGCCACCAGCAAGAAUUCAAAGCAUGCGUCACGCGAGCUCAUCAUGAUGCAGUAUAAGGACG